CAACGGCCGUCGGUCUGGCGCGCCGCCGCCAUCAUGAGAACGGGCAGGCGCGAUGCUCCGUAGGGGCUUCGAAGCCGUCCGCCAUUUGUAUUUGGCAGCCGCCUGGGAGCCCCUGUGCUGGCGGGGGCUCGCUCUGCCCUCACCUAAUAUGGCUGGCCGGAGAGCUGGUCACGUGGGCACGGGGCUGUUUCCCCCCCUCCCGCCUCCCGCCCUCUCCUGCCGGCGCCCUCUGCGGGGCGGCCACGUGGACGCCCGGGCGCCAGUCCCCACACUCAUGAGGAAAUGUGUAUAAGAAUAGCGACUGUCGUGCUCCUUCUUAGAAAAGAAGAAAAAGCGAUCCCAGCAACUACAGGUUUUAAAUCUGACCUCAUUCAGAAGUUAGCUUGAGAGCAAAGUUGGAAGAGCUGUUAAAGCACAGGGCAAAAGCCAUGAAAAUUGAAGAUAAUACAACAUAGGUUUCCUCACAGCUGGAUCAAGCCAAAGAGGGAGGACCUUAUAGUGGGAGGCCCUUGGUGGUUCUGCUUAGGUGGCUCCAUACGGAGCAUGUGAGGGAGUGAAAUGCAGUCUCUGCAGACAGAUUCAACAGUUUGGCUGCCAGACUCUAACCUAUUUGUACUGAAGAGUGUCUGAAAAACAUAAGUGAGCUAAAUAUGGUAGAUUUUUCAUGGGAAGAGUAAAAAGUUAGUUGCUGGAACUAAUGACACUUCCACGGAAAAAGGAUAGGAACAGAAUAAACCAUUUUUUAUGAAAGCACUUUGGCCUUUUUUUUUUUUUUUUUUAAUGUAAGAAAACAAUUUAUUUUCUCCCAGUUUAAUCCCAGGAAGGGAUGAAUGUGUUGGAAAUCUCCGCUCUUCUAUGAUUCAGUCUUGAUGUAGACAUUUGGGGGGCAGUCAGUGUGGCUUUGUGGUACAGGUCCGAGAAAGAUUCUUCUAAAGUUGUUAGAACAUUAAUGAUGGAUAAAACUAUUUGUAUUCACUUAUGGUAUUCCUUAAACCUUCAUUAUUAAAAUAAUUUUAUUAAGUGAAAAUCUGUUUCUGUGGUUUUGGCACUUAAGAAUAAAAGUUGUAAUUGCCAGUAUUUUGCCUUUAUAUAGCAAAUUUAUUUUAAACAUCACAUGCAGUGUCUACUUGUCUUGAUAAAUUCCACUUGAAUUUUGAGGUUUGUCAGCAUCAGUUUUUGACAGAGCAAGUUAUCUUGAGUCUUGACAAGACCACUAAAUUUAUUAGGCUCUAUCUCAGAAACCUAGGUGUUGUCUUUGUGCUUUGGUUUUUUAUCUGCUAGCGUGUUUCCCUUCAGGGAAUCUCAGUAUGUGUAAUGCAUGUAAUUAUCUUCAAAAUGUAUGAGUUUGCUGGCAAGCUUACUUUCUUCAGGCAUACAAAAGGAUUGGAGUCAACAAGAUAAAAAAAAAAAAAAAAGCCUUGUGAUAAACUGUGUAUGGGAUAUGUAGCUUCCCUGUCAUUCUGAUGAUUUAGGAAGUUGGGAACUGAUUAUUUAUGUGAUCAGCUAAAGAUGUCAGGAGCAGGCUAUAUUGUAGAGUGGUCAGGGUAUAAUGAAUGCAAUAUUUAUAGGUGAAGGUAACAUCCUUUUAUUAUACAACUGAUAAUCGUUAAGAAGGAAAAAAUAGAGCUUCUUGGCACUUGGGUCCUUUUACAAGGAUUCAUUGUCCUAAAAUACCUGAAAUGUUAAGAAGCUGUGAAUUGGGAAUGAGGAAUACCUACCGUGCUGGUGUAUUACAUGCUACUUCACAUGGCACAAGCUACUCAAAUGCCUGUGUUGCUAUGUGCAGCGGUGGAUUGAUCCUUCAGAGUCCGUUUUUCGUUCAGAAUAUAAGUGAAUUUCAAACCCAGUAUGGCUCAGAAGAGGAGCUCAAGUGGGCGGUCAUUCCCAUUGCUGCUGCUGAUUAUUGUUGUGGCCUUUGUUCAUUUAACUGUCUGUCCUUUUACAAAAGUGGAGGAAAGCUUUAACCUACAAGCUAUCCAUGAUGUGGUGUACCACCAACUGGACUUGGAUAAGUAUGACCAUCAUGAAUUUCCUGGAGUUGUCCCAAGAACGUUCCUUGGACCAAUUUUUAUUGCUGCUCUUUCCAGCCCAGCUAUAUAUGUACUUUCUGUGCUAAGAAUGUCCAAGUUCUACUCGCAGCUGAUAGUCCGAGGAAGCUUGGGGCUCAGUGUGAUUUACACGUUAUGGAAGUUGCAGAAAGAAGUUAGAAAGCAGUUUGGAGCAACUACAUCAACAGUCUUCUGUCUCAUCACUGUUACUCAGUUUCAUUUGAUGUUUUACUGUACACGAACCCUCCCUAAUGUGUUUGCACUCCCUUUUGUGCUCCUGGCAUUGACAUUUUGGAUACAGCAAAAGCAAAGGCCAUUCAUUUGGUUCUCGGCUUUGGCAAUUAUAGUCUUCAGAUCAGAGCUCUGCAUCUUCUUAGGCCUCAUGCUCCUGGUGACGUUAUUAACUAAAAGAAUCUCCAUAUUCAAGGUGCUUUCCCAUGCUGUUCCUGCUGGAAUUUUUUGGUUGGGGCUAACAGUUGCUGUGGAUUCUCUAUUUUGGAGGCAACUUGUGUGGCCAGAGGGGAAAGUGCUCUGGUAUAACACAAUUUUGAACAGAAGUUCCAACUGGGGAACCUCCCCCUUCUUGUGGUAUUUCUAUUCAGCCCUGCCUCGUGCUUUGGGAUGUAGCAUUGUAUUUGUACCUUUAGGUGUAGCAGAAAAGAGAACUCGGAUACUACUUUUGCCAGCACUGGGCUUUAUUUUCUUGUAUUCAUUUCUCCCACACAAAGAGCUGCGUUUUAUCAUAUAUACUUUCCCUGUCUUCAACAUAGUGGCUGCUAAAAUGUGCUCACGAAUUCUGAAUAACUACCGAAAAUCUUGGCUGUACAAACUUGGAUCUUUCUUUGUUAUAAUACAUCUUCUAGUUAAUGCUGCUUAUUCAGCAACAUCUUUAUAUGUUUCACAUUUCAAUUAUCCUGGAGGAGUGGCAAUUCAGAAGUUACAUGAGUUGGUACCUUCAACAGCAGAUGUCUCUGUUCAUAUUGAUGUGGCUGCAGCACAAACAGGAGUUUCUCGGUUUCUAGAAAUCAAUUCAGAUUGGAGGUAUGACAAAAGAGAAGAUGUUAAACCAGGAGACCAGUUGAUGUUUUCGUACACACACAUACUGAUGGAAACAAACCCUCUUCAGAUAUCACAUUACAAGACAACCCACAGGCCACUGGCAAAUAUACCUGGCAUCAGUAAAAUUGGGUUGAACCUUACUGCACUACCUCCUUUUACUUUAAAUUUGAAACCAAAAUUAGUACUGUUGGAAAAACUUCCUCUAUCAUCUUGACUGUGAAUUUUAAGUAAGUCUUUUGAUGUAAUUUUGCUGAUGACUGAAUAAUCUAAGACAGCAGCAAAUUGUCAUUCCAGCACUGCAAUUCAACUUCUGUGGAAAGGCACAGAAAAUCUUUGUACUGAAUGGUAUUUAGCUCCGUCCUGUUUCUUACAUAAAUAUUACAAUGCAUUCCUAGUCAGUAUAUACUCUCAUACUGAGUUGUAUUGUUAGAUAUGUUUGAGAGAGGCUACCUACAAGUUUAGUGGUAUUAAGUAAAACCUGUCUACUUGGUUUGGGUAGCUGUUUCAUCAUGUAGCGCAAGUAUGUCCUAAUUGUCCUAUAUAAGAUACAUAAUGGAACAGGUUUGUGCUACGGCAAUAAUUUGAUAUGUAAUCUAUGUGUGCAAAGAUGUAUUACUUGAUGUAUCAGCAGGAUUGUAACCCCUUCAGUUGUCAGAUUGCCUCUGUGAAACUUAAUGAUGUUAUCAACAUAGGAAAGCCAUAGUCAUUGUAGCUUCAUCACAAUACCUAAUUGUGCCCUGUAGGCUACCAAGCUAAUUAAAGUGAAAGAUUCACUUAAAAAGCAGUUGGACCUUUUGACGAGCACUGUCUCAUAACAGAUUUGAGCAUUAAAGGAUGGUUAUCUUUAUUCCAACACUUCAUGAAUAAGCAGCAACUUGGAUUUCACAUGAAAAAGAAUUUUAAAAAUAAUGUUCCCCUCUUCUGCUGUAAUGAUAUUAAUUUGCAGUGCAAAAAUUUACCUAUGAAAAUAUUCACUUGAAUACACUUUUAAGAAGAUAGGUGCUGUUUUCCUUUCUUUAUUAAGUAAGUAGUUCCUUUGGAAAGGAAUAAUCUAAUAUGCCAUGGGUUGCAUUCUAUAAACUAGAAUAAGAUAGCAUGCUCUGUAGUCUCCUUUAUUAGAUGUUUUUGUUAAGGAUGUCUGCCUAGAUUGCUGAAUGAAACAAGUUAAGGGGUAAACUAAGGAAAAAAAGUUAGCAUUUUGGUUAGGGCCAGUUGUAAUGUGACAGGAGCUCCAUUAGUGUAAAAAAUCAGUAUUGCUGAAACAGUCAUGGGCAGAAAACUAUUCCUUGCUGACUGAAAACUCAAGUAAAAAAUUCUUAUUGAAUAAAGUGUUUUGGGGUUUUUUUAAAGUGUGCUUCAUUCAGGAACUACCUUUACCCAUGUAUGUUUCAGUUUUUAGGACCACGUUUUCUUUUUAUCCUUCAGAUGAUGUAUCAGAGGAACUGAUCUGGUGCGGUGGAGCCUGCUCCCCCGUGGGUGGCUGUUGCUGCCGCGCAUGCUUCCUCAGGCUGAGCAGAUCUGGCAAAGGCAACCUGCAGAACUUGUUGGUCCAGCCUCUGGUUGCUCUUGAAAUUGAAAUCACUCAAGUAUUAUCUACUUGACUUGUCUUUGGACAAAAAUUCAGCUUCCUCUACAGCCAAUUUGAACAUCAAACAGUUCACGAGACAGAAGGAAGUACAUGUGCAAAUACCUGAGAAUUUGGAACAAUACAAAGGAAAACUUUUGAGUGAGGAUGUAGGCCCUUAUGUUACGCCUAAUCACUGACUUUAUGUAAUUCCCCCCACACUGUAACCCACAGUUUGAGAACCUGAACUAAAAUUUAUCCUGCCCAAGCAUAGACAAAUGUCUGCAAUGGUGAAGUUAGGUGUAUAGUUACUCCAGCUUUCCAAAUCCCUGGUUGUCAGACUCCCUCUGCAGAAAGUUGCUUCUGUUAACUACAGAGGAAACCUAGGACUAUUAUGCUUGCAGCAUAGGCAUCUCAAGCUAAUGCCUGAAGUGGCAGUGAAUACGUGGACAUGAGGCAUUUGAAGAGUUUAAUCUUGCUGAAUGUCAGCCACGUGGCUGACUGGAACCUUCCACAGACUUUGGUUCUGGUGUCUGGGUGCUACCUGUUGGACUGACUUACACCAGUGAUGGUGUUCAGCUGUGGUAGUAGUGUGUACUACUGCUCACGGCCUCACCGCUGAUGAAAAUAGAAGCCAUCAGCUCAAAUUGGCCUGUUCAGUGUAUUUGCUUGGGGUAGAGAAAGGUAAAAUACAUAGAAGGAGGCAGGAAAGAGAUCCUGGAUUGCAGUUUUGAACAGUGUCUGAAGUUUAUUUAGGUCCUGUUGCAUCUUGCUCUGCAUAUGUGGUUCUUGAAAAGUGCUGAGUUUUAAGAUCUGCAGCCUGUUUGGGUUUGUAGACAGAGGACUAGAUCGCGACCCGUGCAGUGCCUGCAGCACCAUAGCACCAGUGGCUGUAUGACUUCUGUGACGGCACAGGUAACCCCUCUGACAUAGGCCGUGAAUAUUAUGGUAGCCCACACCUGGAAUAAGAAGGGGCAGCUGUCAAACUGGGAUGAAGAUUACUGCAGUUUUUCCCCCAACGAUUGCUUUCAAUAAACAAACAGUCCUUGGAAUAAAACUAAA